ACAAAUCUCUUCCUUCUUCAGAUUUACAAUUUCACAAAUCUAGUUGACACUGUGAUUUUCAAACUCAUGAUUUUAAUUUGUUAUUUCAUUUGGGGAAUGAGUAAUGACCCUUGAAUGUUGUGGUCUGUGUCUCAGUGAUUUUACAUUUUUAAUUUGUUUUUUUUUUUCGUUCCACUGCAUAUUUGAACUUGUGGCUGUGAGAUUUAGUAAUUUGAUGAAUUUUAAGUACAAGAUUGUUAUGAGCUGUCAGCUGAGUAUGAAUGGAAGCAUAAACCUUAGAAGUUGGAGGAACUUGGGAACAUGCUGCUGAGUGCUGACUGGUCUUGAUGCCAUGGAAAGCUUCUAGGGUCAGUGGUAGAUUUGUGUUCUGUGUGUUUGAUAUCAAUGGCGGUCGACAGGAUUAGCAUGUUGCCAGAUGAAGUACUUUAUCACAUUCUCUCUUUUCUCCCAACUCAAAUGGCUGCAAAAACAAGUAUUCUUUCGAAGAGGUGGAAGCCACUAUGGCUCUUAGUUCCUACUCUCUUCUGCGACGACCGAAGCUACCUCCGAAACUACAAACCCUAUCAUUACUUCACAAAGUUUAUAUAUGCAACCAUUCUCGCUAGAGAUGUGCCCAUUACAACAUUUCGUCUGCAAUGUGAGGCUUCCAAUACCGACUUUUCUGUUUCCGAUCUCCAGAUUUGGGUCAAUGCUGCAAUACAACGUGGACUUGAGAACCUCUACAUCCGGCUGCCGCAUAAUGAAAAUCAAUUGAGCUGGAAUUCCUGCAUUUUGGGCUGCAAAACUCUGGUUGUUCUCAAGUUGGCGGGGUUAGACCUGGAUGUAAUUUCUUUUGCUCACCUUCCUUCACUCAAAACUCUGCAUUUGUUUGAUGUUACCUUUCUAGAACCCCUGUAUCUUGUGUCUUUUGCUGACCUUCCUUCACUCAAAACUCUGGAUUUGAGAGAUGUUGACUUUCCAGAACCGCAGUGUCUUGUGGAUCUUCUUGCUGGAUGUCCAAAUCUUGAGUAUAUGCGUCUGAGGGAUAUAUUCUAUGAUGAUGUUGACGCUAUAGUUCAUUAUAAGAACUUCAAAAGCUUAUCUAAGUUGGUCAGAGCAGAUAUACAUUCCGUUCUUUUUGAUAUUUUUGUUGAAUCUCCUAAAUUUGACAAGUACCUGGAUGACAUUCUACUUUUUCCCAAUUUAACUCAUGUGGAGCUUAUGUUCGGACUUUGGAUGAGCUGGGAUUUUGUACUUGCAAUGCUCAAGCACAGCCCUAUGCUUCAAUAUGUUGUCCUUAGUAUGCAGAUACAAAAUGGAUUUUAUCAAUAUCCGGUUUGGAUUUCCCCCUGUUUUGCUCCUGAAUGUCUUUCUUCACAGCUUAGGAAAUGUUCCAUUAUAAAUUAUGCAGGCAGGGAAAGUGAGCUGCAUUUUGCAAAAUAUAUUAUGCAGAAUUCAAAAGUUUUACGGACAAUGACAGUAUGCACUCUGCGUUACUCAGAAUUAAAGGUCGAAGACAAGCUUGAACUACUGAAAGAGUUGUCCUUAUGCCCAAGGAGUUCUUCAAUAUGUGAACUUUCAUUUACAUGAAAAUGAAUGACAGGCUCUAGUUAGUAGCUGCCAAUUGUGUUUAGAUGAUUGCUUUGGUACUUAGUUUAUCUACUACGUCCUAUAGUAAAAUUACUAGUGUUUUGAAGGACAUGGAACUUGUCUCUUGUUCAAUGAAAGUCGUUAAAUGUCAUUUUUUCAAGUAAGUGAAGAUUUGUAUUUUUAAUUAAA